UGAAUGACGCCCCAAUUUGCAACAAAUAAGAAACCGCGGCACAUUCUCCCCCUAUCCCCGUCUUCCCGAAAAAAUAAAAAAUAAAAUGCGGCACAUUUUAGGAAGAAAAUCAAAAUUAUCAAAACCAAAAACACAUUUCGUGUUUCAUAAAUAUACUCUUUCUCAAAACACUAAUAAUAAACCAAUCAGAUUUCUAAGGUAAGAAAUCACAAAUGAUCAUUCUCAAUUUCCUAUAAAUAAAUGCAAAUUACUUGAAUUUUCAUACUCCUACAAAUCAACAGGUAUAAUCUGCUGUUUUUAUGUUUUACUAAAUUUAUUUUAAAAAAAAUGUAUUCAAUGGCAAGCAAGAGAGUUUUGCAGCAUGUAGUUGGAAGAAUCGGAAAAGGUGUUGGAAUUAGGGGCUUUUCUUCACUUCCCGAUUCUCAAAUUUCUUCAUCUUCACAACUCAUCAAUUUGGAGUAUCAAUACAGUGCUCACAAUUACCAUCCAAUUCCGAUGGUGUUUUCUCACGCGAAAGGAUCUUCAAUAUGGGAUCCGGAGGGAAACAAAUACCUUGACUUUCUUUCUGCGUACUCUGCGGUUAACCAGGGACAUUGCCACCCUAAGAUCAUGAAGGCAUUGACUGAACAGGCAGAAAAGCUCACCCUCAGUUCUAGAGCUUUCUACAAUGAUAGGUUUCCCUUAUUUGCAGAGAGGAUAACCAGUAUGUUCGGAUAUGAUAUGGUGCUACCAAUGAAUACUGGGGCUGAAGGGGUGGAAACUGCUCUGAAGCUUGCAAGAAAGUGGGGAUAUGAAAAGAAAAAGAUUCCUACUAAUGAGGCCAUCAUUGUUUCUUGUUGUGGUUGCUUUCAUGGCCGUACGUUAGCUGUCAUUUCAAUGAGCUGUGACAAUGAAGCUACGCGUGGUUUUGGUCCUUUGUUACCGGGUCAUCUCAAAGUUGAUUUUGGAGAUGAAGUUGCGCUUGAAAAAUUAUUUAAAGAGCAUGGAGAUCGUAUCGCUGGAUUCUUAUUCGAACCCAUUCAAGGGGAGGCAGGGGUUGUAGUUCCUAAAGAAGGUUACUUGAAAGCUGUGAGGGAUCUCUGCACAAAAUAUGGGGUAUUGAUGAUUGCUGAUGAAAUACAAUCUGGCCUGGGAAGAUCUGGAAGAAUGCUGGCUUGUGACUGGGAAGGUGUUCGUCCAGACGUUGUCAUUCUUGGAAAAGCUUUGGGAGGUGGAGUAAUACCUGUCAGUGCUGUUCUUGCUGACAAAGAUGCAAUGCUGUGUAUUCGACCUGGAGAACAUGGAAGUACUUUUGGUGGAAAUCCAUUGGCAAGUGCAGUUGCUGUUGCAUCACUAGAUGUUCUCAGAGAGGAAGGGCUUGCUGAGAGGUCCGAUGAGUUGGGAGUGGAGCUCAGAGAUUUGCUGACUAAGGUUCAGCAGCAGUACCCUAACUUCAUAGUAGACGUGCGUGGCAAAGGUCUUUUUAACGCAGUUGAGCUCAAUAGCAAGGCUCUGUUUCCUGUAUCAGCUUAUGAUAUUUGCCUCAAAUUAAAGGAGAGAGGUGUUCUUGCUAAGCCUACCCACAACACAAUCAUAAGAUUAACUCCUCCACUUACAAUGAGUAUGGAUGAGAUUAAACUUGGAACCAAGGCACUGUCUGAAGUAUUUGAGUUUGAUCUACCAAAGAUGCUGAAGGAGAAGCCCAAACAUGUUACUUCUAUGGAUGCUGAUAUAUGUGAUCGUUGUGGCAGAAACUUGUAAGCAUCAGUGCAAUGUUACUCAUUUAUCAGUGUCUGACUUCUGAAAUCAUGAAAUCUAACACAGUAACUUCCAUGUUGCUAUUAAUGAAGUCAGGCCCUUCGUUUACAUUCUCCGCAUCCAUGUGCUUUCACCUAAAACCCAUAUUUGUUUUAGUUAUUAGAAUUUGUCUCUCAGAUAAGUGUUGUUAAUCAUGUUUGUACUAUUUACAUAUAACAUUGACAGCGUGAAGGAGCGCAAUGUGUAUGGCAAGUCUUCUCACGUUGUGAAUGUUCCUUGAUUUAGUCUUAUAUGCUGAAAACUUUGCAUUUGUUUGUUAUA